AUGAUGAUGACGUGCCGUCUGCUGUGUGCCCUGUUGGUGCUUGCCCUGUGCUGCUGCCCGUCCGUGUGCGCGGCAGAGGAUUUGACGGCUCAAUUGCAAGAUACUGUAAGCUCCACCAACCCAUCGUUCUCUGCUUCAGGAGCACCACAGCGGGCCGUUGUUUCCGAGUCAGGAGCACCACCAGUGCCUAAUCCGGUUGCGAAACCAGAAGUUGGCGGAGAGGCUCAGUUGAAAAAUGGCGAAGAUGGACAAGGUUUGGCUGGACCGGGACCGAAAGCAAUUGUCGCGUCCAAUGAGUUACAGGGAGAAGGUAAGGGCAGUAAGACAGAGACGACGCGUAGCACGAGUACGUCCUCAGGAAGAAUAGUUAAGGAAGCGGAAGACACGUCAGGGACAAAACCACCAACCACGACGACGACCACAACAAAACCACCGACUACGACAACCACGACUACAACAAAGGCACCAACCACGACGACCACCACUACAACACAUGCACCAAUUACUACGACUACAGAGGCGCCAGCUGUGUCGACCACCCGCGCACCGUCACGUCUUCGCGAAAUGGACGGCAGCCUCAGCAGCUCUGCGUGGGUGUGUGCCCCGCUGGUGCUUGCCGCAUCCGCGCUGGCGUACACCGCUGUGGGCUGA